AUGCAAACUACUGGGAGGAUUUCCAAUGAAAUAUCAGGCAGACUCACAAGCUUCUUUCUUUUAUACUUUCUCCAAGGAAUGCCGUAUGGGAUUCAGACGCGCUUUCUCCCACUGCAGCUGCGAAAAGUUGGCAUGUCACUUACCAACUUAGGGUAUUUUAGAAUGGUACUUGCUCCGUGGGUGCUAAAGGGUUUGUGGGCGCCAAUAAUUGACAGAACUGGUGAUCUGAAAAUGUUUGUCUGUGGCAGCCAUAUUGUUCUGGUGGCUUUGUCGCUGAUCGCCUCGCAGUUUCCCCCGGAGUAUAUCACAGUCCUGGGGAUUGUUCUGUUCCUGAUUCACCUGUCUGUAGCAGUACAAGACAUCGCACUGGAUGGGCUUCUCAUCGAUCUUCUCACUCCAGCACAGCUCGUUGCCGGCAAUAUGGUGCAGGUCAUCGGCUACAAACUUGGCUCCAUAGUUUCCGGAGGCUUCUUCGGAUUUUUUACGGAAAUUGCCGGCUGGGAUAUCCUGUUCUUGUCUCUAGCAGGCAUGUACGCAUUAGGUUAUAUGAUAUCAGUCAUCAGCAUACCCUCAGCGGUUCAAAAUGACAUAAUAUUCCCAGAUGAGGACGGUUCAGAAACGCAAAUACCAGUCAACAGCAACGUAAGCAGUAUGCUGGGAUUCGAUGACACCAACAGCGUACCUAUGGAGUUAAGCUUGAGACAACGAAGGCAGAGGCCACAGCAGUCGAUUUACCAGUUAGUGGACAUCGAAGGCACUAUGUGGCUUUUACCGUUCGUGUUUUUGUACAAGUGUGGUGACCAGGGCGUAUCCUCAUUGUUCCCAAUGUUUAUGAUCGACGCUGGCCUGGACAUGGCGGAAGUCGCCUUCUGGGGAGGUUGUGUUGGACAAGUCUUUUCUCUGGCUGGUUCAGUGGUGGGCGGAGUUCUACGAAAAAAGGUCUUAAAAUCAAAGGUGCAUCGCACCGCAUUAUUAUUAUUUUUUUUUUUUUCAGAAAUGAUCUAUUACUG